UUUUAUCCACUCCACGGAAUAAAUCGACCACUAUAUUUGUUGUAUUCUUGUUAACAAAAAACUUCCGCUGGGCAGAAAUAGAAUUUUGCAGCGCAAUUAACGAUCAUAACUUAUUAUUUGGAUAUAAUUAUUAUAAACUAUGAGCGAUCACGUGACCGACCUGUGCUAGAGCUUUUCGUUGCUGUCAAAUUCUUCAAAAAGGCAAAAUGCCCUGGAAACGAGUUUGGAUACGCCAAAACAAGAGAUGUUUGUGGAGAACGUACAGUUAAAGAAAGAAUCACAAUUAUACUUUGACGUUCUCAGUGUGAAGAUCACUUCUGUUGAUAAUCCUUAAAAAUUUUGUUUAGCCAUAUUUUUACAUAUUUUUCAAAUACUUGCUUUUUCCAAUGCAUCUAAUGAUCUUAAACUUCAUAAAUAUUAAAAUUAUGGAGCAUCUUUUGAAUAACAGUCACAACAGUUGCGAUUUAUAGGAAACAUAUGUUUACAAGAAAGCGACAAAAAAGAUGUCAAAUGUUAAAAUACAGGCCAACGCGCACUCCUUACGUUACAGCAUUUUUAAACUGACGUCAAAUUGUCUUAUCACGCAGUUAUGUGAACAUCCUGUUCUGACAUAAUGCUUCAUACAUACACAUAACAUUCAAAAUGCCACCACCUAUCAUAUGCAACAUCCUUCCAACAUACUUAUCGACAGAUUUAGUGACACCUGGACGACGACAGAGAGAAACGCUACCUGCAAUCGGGACCUUCCGCAAAUCUGGGGAUGCAAACAAGUUAUGGGGACAGGAAACAAAGUUGACAUCAACUAGUCAACUUGCUUACCAUUGCUUCAAACCAUCUCACUUAAAAAGCAGCAACGUUGUGGUCACGCAUCGACAUUAUGGAGAUCGUAUUAAUAACAUGCAAGCGAAAUUACAGCCAGCUGUGGUGACAACAUUGUUAUUAAGCAAAUGUCGACACAACGACCAAAGAAUGCCACCUCCAUUUCAUUCGUCGAUGAUACAGGAUCAUUAUCUAGCAGAACCGUGCCCGGCUGAAUUAAGAAAUAGUUAUUUCUCGCAUCGAUGUAAAUUUCAGGUGUUUCCAACAGAUGGAACAGACUUGCUUGAUACAGGUAUUCUUCACAAAACAAGCAACAAGGAACUGUUUCCAGCGAACACGAAUGUGCUAAGAGAUAUCAAAUCCAAGUUAUAUGGCACAACCACGUAUCAACGCAAUUUUGAGGAGAAUAGAAAAAAAGCUAACCUGCCAACCAGUGCAAAAACGCGAAAAACUGUGUAUUUUAAAGUCAAUCUUAAUAUUUGCAGAAACUGUGGCUUGCAAAUAAAAAGAAUGAAUCAACAGUACAGGAAGUUUGAUAAAGAUUCCACCGCGAAACUGGGUGUACUUUUGUCGGCAAAAAAAACAACAUGGCCGUGUUGGCCACCAGGUGGAAAAAACACACCUCCUUGCGACCCAAAAAUCAUUUUACCCAAGUACUGCAUCCAUCCAGUAAAAAAUUCAAAAACAACGAAGGGUUUUUGUAAGUGCGCUCAGCCCCAACCGUAUGUCGUAAAUCGUGUAUUAUCCGAUCGGUCAAAAGAGGACAUAAACCAAGAAUAUGAAACGGAAGAAAAUAUUGUUCAUGGACAGCCGAGCGAAAAUAAUUUGCUUCAGGAGAAACAAUUGGCAUGUGGCAAUAAAAUGCAACGACCGCUGACGAAACAAAAAUACCGACCGUUGUCUAAGCAGCGCUGUUGGCCAUUAAAAAUUGAACCUGGAUUCAAAACAGAAGCUCAUCAAAAAUUUCAUCAAAUAUACAAUGACGUCAUCCCUGAUUUACGCGACGCUGCGAUGGAGGGAAAGAAACAUAAUUUCCAUGGAUUCAAUGUACAUUUGUUCAGAGGUUAAUUUUAAGGAAAUGCUAAAUGUGAAUGCAAAUAAACAAAACAA